CGGGAAAUAAUUUAUCGAGGAUGGGAAGCUGGUGUUGUGUGAGACUUAAAUCAUGUGUAAUUUCCGCGGACGUGUAGUCUAAAUCGUGUCUCAAGAUGGCCACCAGUGUCUGUCAGGACAGUAUUUGUGUGGAAGCAGAAGAGAGCAGCUCAGCUCCAGCGGUGAGCACACAAGAUGAUGAGGCCAUGAUUCUGCCAGCAUCCAGUCGGCUGAGAAUGCAUCGGUCAGCUGUACGGCCAUUCUUCUGCUGUGGGAGUGAGUUGUCUCUGGUCAGUAUCACUGAUCAGGAUGAGCUCCCCUGUCAGGAUAAACCCACAGUGAGCAGUAGCUGCCCAGAACCAGAUCUACAGACUAAUGGAUUAAGCGCAUGUGCAGAGGUUUUGCUGUCCAGUCACAGCGAUGAAGGCAGUUUCCCUGAGGGCAAGUCAAGUAGGGACCGCUCCCUGCGGAAGAAAUCUGUUGAAGGCUUCUCUCGAAAAAUGGCUCGUAAGUCAUGGGCAGUUAAACUGAGAGGGAAACUACCAAAACGCCUGAAGAAUGGAGAGGACCACGGGAACUUAGCGGCAUCCGGGUCAGGGAUGGAAGUUAGCUGCACAUGUACAGCGUACAGACAAACUGAUGGACAACCAGUACUGUAUUGUUACGGGGCAGCAUCCUCAGAUAAUGGACCUCUACCUAUACCAACAACAUUUGGAGGACUGGACACUGAUCAACCCACAAAAUCAAAAGGUACCAAAGGUAAAGGGCGGGCAAAGCCAAAGGCACACAAUGGUGCAGGUCAAACGGGCGUUUCCGCAUCCACCAUGUUUAAGGCUUGGAUUGGCGUUGAUACAUCAGAUGCUGAAUCUGUGGAUGACAUGAGUCUUGUACAAUGCAAAGAACAAGGUGCUGUGGAUAAGUCACGCAGAGUAAGUCUGGACUCAAAAAACCUGCUUUAUUCCUGCAACGGUGGGACGCUUUUCACCCCUGCUUUUCAGAAACAAUGUACAAUAUCUGGUCCAUGGCCCCAGUCUGUGGGAGCUGGGGUAGGGGAGAGCAGCGUUGAUGCCUCAGAGGAGGAGAAUCAGUAUUCUGACGUGGCCAGUCUAGGUCCUCGUGCACCAUAUGUGUCUGUACACUCACAGGUGGACUAUGUUCAUUGUUUGGUUCCAGACUUGGCGUGUAUCACUAACUGUAGUUUUUACUGGGGUGUUAUGGACAGAUACGAGGCAGAAAAGCUGCUAGAGAACAAACCUGAGGGUACUUUUCUGCUGAGGGACAGCGCCCAGGAUGAAUUCCUCUUCUCUGUCAGCUUCCGGCGUUAUGGUCGCUCGUUACAUGCCCGGGUAGAACAGUUUAACCACAAGUUCAGUUUCGACUCACAUGACCCAGGUGUUUUUGCCACAGACACCGUUUGCGGUUUGAUCGAACACUACAAGGACCCAAGCUGCUGCCUGUUCUUUGAACCCAUGCUUACUCUGCCACUGAACAGGUCCUUUCCCUUCAGCUUACAGCACUUGUGUCGAUCUAUUAUCGUGAGUGCCAACACAUAUGACGGCAUCACUCAGUUACCUUUACCUAAUUCCCUACAGGGUUAUCUACGGUAUUAUCAUUACAAGCACAAGGUCCGGGUGCGAAGUCUGGAAACUCAGUGUUGUUGGUAACCCACAGUGUUGUCAUUGAUGGUAGCUUUCUCCAGGGACCAAGUCUGACAUCAACAUAUCUUCAUGCUUUCAGAUCACACUAGUUCCUGAGAGUGGCAAACUUAAGGACACAAAUGUGCACUUAUGAGGGUCUAGUACAAAACAAAGUUUCACUCCAGGUCUUUUUAGUAAGCAUAUAUGCAAAUUUUCACAAAAAUUCCUGCUAUAAGCUUUCAAAAUUAAUGAUUGAAAUUCUUGUUAGGUACGAGAUCUUGAUCAUUCAUUCUCUAAGCAAGCAAUUCCAGUGCAAAUAGUCAUAGAGUGCUAUUAUUUUUGUGACAGUUUUCAUUUUAUCAUUUAAAUUUAGUAUAUCUACUAGAAAAAAAGGUUUUUGUGGAGAUUUUACUUUUAAUUUAAUUUUAAGCAUAUCUGUGCAAAAGUACAAGGUUCAAUAUGCCCUUUGGUAGUCAGCAUGAGUUUGGUUUAUAUAUUUUAAAUUAUUUUUACUGUUAUAUAUGUUCUUAAUUGUCUGAAUUGCUUGCCUACAUUCUAAAUUAUAGCCCACUAUUAAAUCGACAUUCAAAUACAGCGCAUCAUUGUGUAUAGUACAUGUUUUUAUUUAUUUGGCUGGUGCUUUACACUGUACUCAAGAAUAUUUCACAUCUGUGAUGAGAACUAGCAUUACUGUGGAAGGAAACCGAGCAGAGACUGAGGAAACCCGCAACAAUGAGCAGAUGGAUAGCAGACACUUGACCAUUAUGUGUGUUUAUGUACUAGGCAAGAAGUAAGCGCCAGUAACCACUUAAAUGUGAUAUCCAGUAACUUUGUGUUCAAAUCUUAGAUUUGAGGACCUCUUACAUCAGGUUGUGACAUCUUACUUCAUGUUUUUCUGUUGUUUAAUACCAUUAUAUAUACAAGACAAAAACCAUUAAAACAUGGUUCACAAGAAAAGUCUGUAGAAAGUACAUGUACAUGUACUAAGUACACAAAAAGGGUUUACAGGAAAAAAAAUAUCAAUUUUGCAAGUAGUGGAUGUGAAUAAACGCACUCUUUGUCCUAUUUUAUGGCAUUUAUUUGAGUGUAAGUCUGAUGAAGUAGAUGGCUUGAAGUGUGGUACCUGUUUCAGGACUUAUUGUAUUUGGUAGGAUCACGCUGAUUUGAUGUACCAUACCUUUAAAUAUUGACUGAAUAGUUUUUUUCCUUCUUUUCCUGUCUAUGUAUAAUGUAAGUAUCUUGUAAGGAUGUAAGGAUUGUGCAUAAAUGUAUAUCACAAAAGGCUGAUUGAAACAAAAAAGUCUGAUGUGUGGCACAGGCAGUAUACAAUUGUGUUAUGUCACAAAACAGCUUGUGACUCAGUUUGUAUUCAGAACCAAAGAUAAAGCAUGGGUUAUGUCAACUUACCAGUAUAGCAGGUCAUUACUCCAUGUAG